AUUGAUGUUUGUUUUUAGGCUUUAUGGGAGCUGAGUUGCAAAUAGAUGAUGAUGAUGAUGAUGAUGAUAUGCUUAGAUAAAAGCUUUUCGCUUGUCAUGCCUGAGCUUGACAGAGACAGUUGACACUCCACCCGUAUACACUUUUCUUUGGUAUGUUACUGGGCCUAAAUUUGUGAAACGAUGAAUUUGCAAAUUGCAAAAGAAACGAACCGGAUAUGAAUACGUUGACCGCGGGAGUGGGAGUGGGCGGAUCUUCUUGUAUAUGCAAAGGCAAACAAAGCUCUGUUUGAUGAUUAUAAAUUGGACUUCAGUAGAAUUCACGGGUCUCCUCCCUUUCCCCAAGUAAGAAAUACAAAAAUGCUCCACUGCCUCUCCCUCAAAUCAUCACCAUCAACGUCCUCGCCGGCACUGCCUCCUCCUCAUCCUCCGCAGUCUCAAGGGAAUUCGACCCAGGACACACCCAGAUCGAGCGCUCAAGCGUCACCCGCCGCCAACCUGACUCGCGAAUACACCCUCACUGUCCAAUCCAAUUCCUACAACGAGAUAUGGUCUAGAAUUCAUCCCACCACCACCACUACCACCGUUCAUAACGAAGAGACCCACCAGCUACUAUUGGCGCAGGUGCUUCACCCCAACCGAGAAUGCGUUGAAGACGCCCUUCGCCACGCCAAGUCCAACACCCUCACCGCUCUCGUCAAAGCUUACUUCGACCAUAGCGAGAACGCCACCCAUCUCUGCCUCCUCCUCCACCACAGCAUCUACCGUGCACGCGUAAUCUACAACCCUCUCCAUGCCCUCCUCGAUGUCCUUCCUCUCGACUCUGACUCUCAGUCCCACUCUUCCCUUCUCACCCAAUCCCAGUGCAAUCGUGCCUUCGACCUCUUCCUCCAGUUCGACCACCUCGACAACCCUUUCCCUUCCCCCGAAUCCCAUAACUUCAACGACAUGCGCUGCUGCUUCUCCCAGCUCAAGCAACAGCUCGACUCCCGCAUCCGCAGGUCUCGCUCUCGUAUCCGCUUCCUCCGCCGUGCCACUGCCUCCUCCGCCGUUUGUGUCGUUUGCACUGCCGUCGGGACUGCUGUUGCCGUUGCCGCUCACACCCUUGUCGCCUUUGUUGCCGGUACCUUCUGCACUGCCUACCUUGCUCCACCUCACAAGUUUACUCGCAAAGAAGCUGCCCAUCUCGCACAACUUGACGCUGCUCUUAGGGGCACUUAUGUUCUAAACAACGAGCUCGACACCAUUGACCGCCUUGUUGCCCGUCUGCACAAUGCGGUCGACAAUGACAAGUUCCUCAUUCGACUUGGGUUGGAGAGGGGCAGGGAAAAGCAUCCCAUCAUGGAGGUCAUCAAACAGCUCGGCAAGAACCAUCUUAAUUUCCUGCAGCUGCUCCAAGAUCUUGAGGAACAUAUAUGCCUCUGCUUUAACACUGUCAAUAGGGCCAGAGCUCUGCUCCUGCAGGAGGUCCAUCUUCAUCAAUCUUUAAUGUCAAGAAAUUACAGACAUGGGCAAGGAGCUCAAUUAGCAGCUAAUUCUCACGAAAACUUCGUACACAGUCCAGGCUGAAGCUUCAACUGUUGAGUGUGAGGGUUCAGAUGAUGCUCUGAAAGAAGUGAUGUAUACAGUUUCAGGUUAUACUUCCCGGAGUUAGUCAGCCGGCGGGAAGCAACAAAAUCGCCUUAUUUUGACUCAAACCAGAACCUGUUCGAAUGGGUACGGGAUUGUCAUCAUUAUAUAUUGAUGCUUUGUACAUACCCUUUUUUUUUUUUUUUUUUUUUUUUUUAAAGGGAAAAGGGCAAUGCUCUCUGUUCAUACUUGAGAAAGAGUUGAGCUGACAACAAUGUUGGGGGAAGGAACUUCAAAUGUAUGAUGAGAAAUCUUGUCAUAAGCCAUUAUUUUUGUCAAUAUAAAGGUAAGGUUGCUGAUC